CAAUAUCGUCGGACGAAUGAACGUCGUCAAUAGAACGUUGAGUAGCUAGUUUCAUGGUUUUGGGAUUUGUUUAUACUGUACAGUAAGUACAGAAGUAUUUUAGCUAACGGUAACAAUAUGCUUUGAAAUACUGACAUUUUUAAUAACUGACGUGUGGAGUUGAAGGAAGAAGCUACUUUUUUUUUGGAGGGGGGGUGACAUUUACGGACUGAACUCGAAGUGAAAUAAAAUGAAUACAGGUGUGCAACUUCCUGUCUCUGCUUUGCGCCUCCUGGUGUCACCAAUUCAACUCGUAUCUGCAGCAAUCUGGCAGACCAUAGAGCAACGAGUUGUGGCUGAUUAUGGGAUGCUCGAGGAUUUUGUUUCCAUGGUUACAGAGCUUGUUCCAGAGCUGCUUACAAACAGUCAGCGGACGCAACUCAUCCUGGGCCUCAGAGCACAGCAAAUCCUGGAGUUAUGUCAGUUGGAAGAAAAGGCUAAUUUCAAUGUUAUGGAGCAACACCUGGACAGGAUGAACAUCCUUGUCAAGACCUCUUCUGCAAAUGGCCAUGAUGAUCCAUGCUCAACUUUUGUGGAUUUUGUGAAACACUUGCUCAACAAUCCUGCUGAGAGGAAAAACUUUUUUCUUAAUGUUUUUCCCAAGGAGUUUGGCCCAUCAUAUAACAAGACUCUUCAGUGCCUAAUGGAGCUCUUUCUGUCUAGACUUCAGGCAUUUCUUCCUGGGAAAACCUUCCAACAGGUUGCCUCCACUUGUGGUGAGGUGUCCUCUGUUCUGGGAGACUGCUUGAAGUCCAUAUGUAGCUGUGAUGAGCUUAGAACUCUGCUUCAGUAUCACAAGAACCACAGCCAACUAGGACACAGUGGGAAGUCUUUUUCAAUUAUUUAAAACUGUAAAUAAAAAAAAUAAAAAAACAUAAUUAGACCUUUUGUUUUUCAAAUUUUGCAAUCUGAUUUGCCAAUUGAUUGGCUUCUCCCACCUACUGUUUAAGUUACCAUAUUUGGUUUCUUGUCUUUGUAAAGGGCUACUAAUGUACAUCUUAGACUUAGUAAGCCAGGUAUUUUGUGUAGUCAUUGGAUGGUGAACUACUAUUUGAGUAAGUAAUUAAUUAAGCACCAAACCUUUUGUCACUUUACAGAUAUUUCCUCGGAUGGCGCCUACAUCAUGUCUGCUCUCAAGUGUGCUGCAGUAAAAGAUCAUUGCUUGCAGGAGACCUAUGCUUGCAAAUCUUCUCGACAUAGAGAAUCUAAAACAACCAAAAGGGAUCAGCUCAGGAUAGAGAUUGAUGAAGCUCAUGAAACGGUAGAAUGUGAUUCAGACGAAAUCACCAACAGUAAAGAAAAUGUCAAAAGUCAAAUUAAUGAUGUCUCUUGUCCUCAAAUGGAUAGCUGUGUUCAAGGGAAACCACUUGCGGGGUCAUUGCAGUUUCGACCUGUGCGUCUGAACCGAGGACUAAAGAGGAAAAUGAUUUUGGUGGAAGAGAAAAAAGGACUUGAUGGUAAAGAGGAUCUCCCUAUUCACAAAGCUGUUUCCAGUCAAAUAAAAGCAUCUGUGAUGAGACCUUCCGAUUACUCUGACAAUGAGGACAAUGGAAGCGAAUAUUCCUCCUGGUCUUUCUAUUCAGAUGAGGACUCUCAGAGUAAUCAAAGUUCAUGGUCUGACUACUCUGGUGACGAUGUGACUCCUGUCAUUUCAUCUCCCGACUUCUUAAAUGAGGUCACAAAUGAAGACAAAUCUUCAGCAGCUACCAGCACAAAGCGAAUCGCCAGCCAAAACAAAGUUCCUCAAAAAAAGUCUUGUCAAGUCAAGUGCUUCAUCUGCAAUGAGCAAGUGAGCAUCAAUCUGAAAACUCACAUAAGAACUCACUUCCCAGACGGUCAGUAUACCUGCCUACAAUGCAAUACCAGGUUUAAACUAUUCUCAUCCCUGAAGACGCAUUUAGUAAGAAAAUGUUACGACUAUGCUCAGCACCCGGUAGAUCUUAGGCCGGGCCAUGAUCUUUAUAAAUGUGACCGUUGCGAGAAGGCCUUCAGGUACAACCAGUCACUGGAAGCCCACAAACGGACCCACAACGAACUCUACUGCAGCGUGUGCAGGAAAGUCUUAAAAGAUGCAACUACAUUAGAAAGGCAUAAGGCCUCCCACACUGGGUUUCAGUGUACUCGAUGUGAAGAGUCCUUCACUCUUUUUAAGCCCUUGCGCAGACAUUAUCAACAUUUCCACAAAAUUAGCAAACCCUUUAAAUGUAAUAACUGCCCCAAAACAUUCUCCAGGCUUGAGUAUUUAAUCAGACACGAAUGGAGGGACACUGGUCAUCUGCCAUUCCAGUGCAAUGUUUGUGCUUUAAGAUUUAGAGGUGACUACGAUCUUAUGUCGCAUCAAAGGGUUCACACAAAGGAAAAACCCUAUCUCUGUGGAGAGUGUGGGAAAACCUUCUCCCAGAAGCCCAAUCUGCUGCGGCACCAGCGUUUCCUCCACAGUGAGUCAAAAAACGAAAAGAAAUACUUCUGCACUGAGUGUGAGACAUCCUUUAAAGAGAAAGGAGCUCUGAUACAGCACCAGAGGCGGAAACACCUCAAGGAACUGAUACGCCACCUGUGCCCGGACUGCGGGAAGACGCUCUCAGCAUCAAACAUCGCAAGACAUAGGUUGAUCCACACAGGAGAGAGACCUUUAAAAUGCACAGCUCUUGAUUGUAACAAGUCUUUCUUGUCAGCUACUGAGAGGAAGAAGCACAUUCUCAUGCACCACUCCACUGAACGACCGUUCAAAUGUGAUACAUGCGGAAAGGGCUUUGUCACAAUUGGGUUACUUAAUGAGCAUUCUAAGAAUCAUUCAGGCAAGAAGCUGUUUGUAUGCGACAUCUGCAUCAAGGCUUUCCCAAAACGCUACAGCAUGAUUAGGCACAAGAAGCUUGUGCAUACGUCUACAAGUUAAAGGUGCCAUAUUUUACCACAUUUUUCGAUGUAAUAUUGGUUCUAUGGUGCCUCAGUAGACAUGUGAAAUAUGAAUUUAAAUCAUCCACGUAUUUCUGAGUUUCAGACGUUUUUCUCCCGAGAGGCCUGAAAUCAGGUCAUACGAAUUUCUCGAGUUUAUCUACAUCACUAGCCAAUCUCUCCACUCCCGAGCCAGCACUGUCAACAUAACAAACACGUAUGCUCUCAACAAGUGGGUCUUCUACACGGAGGCAACCAAUCAGAAGAAAGGGGGCAGUCUUAUCCAAAUAUGGACAAAACGGAUCCAAAAUAGAAGUAGCUGUCCGACGGGCCUUUUUUUGGACACUCAUAUGACAAAAUCGAGGUGUUUUUUAUUUUUAAUGAAAUUGACACUUUUAAAUUAAGUCCAUGUUAGAGAGGUACUCUAUGGAGGUCUAAAUAGCGAAAAUAUUGUGACCUUUAAGACUAACAAAGACAAACUAAUACAGGGACUCCUUGGUUUAUUAACGGACUCUAUGCAUGCAAGCACGUCCAUAUUUGGGGUUAAGGAGGCAUGCUACCUUACAAUCACCAGGCAAACACAUACUGAAAACAAUGAGAGCUGACUAUUUAAACCACAGGUGUCAAACUGGUGGCCCGGGGGCCAGAUCUGGCCCGCCACAUCAUUUUAUGUGGCCUUCGAGCGCGUGCAUCGACUUUGUGUUUCUUGCUAAAAUACCAAAUUGGCUUCACACAGAUUUUUUAUUACCAACCCCACUUUUAAAAUAAAAAACUGUUUUUACUGGCUUUUGAUUUCAAAAAUAAUUAUCCAUUAAUUUGUGUGUAUGUAAUAAUAUGAGGCAAUCAUACAUUCAUAUGGGGUUGCAGCCAUAACGGCCCUCCGAGUGGAACCAUAACUGCGAUGUGGCUCGUCACAAAAAUUAGUUUGACACCCAUGAUUAUUCAAAGCAUACUCGCUGUCAGCUGGGAUUUCGUAAAGUUACAGUGAAUGAUGUACUAAAGACAGUAUAGUAUUUAAUUUCUAAACAUUUAAAUGUAUUAAAAAACACUGAAAACCAUUGUAGAAAAUACUGUAUGUAUUAGUGUGUUUCUGUAAGACUGAUAUUAUGGACCAAACUGAAUCAUAAAUCAAUUUGUGCAUUUUCUGCACUGAAAAUAUGAAUAAAGGGAUGGAAAUUUUGAAACUUGGCCUUGCGCACCAGUGGAGAUUUCAGCAUGACAACAACCCACAGCACAUCACAAAAGUAGUGACGAAAUGGUUAGCGGAGAAAAACUAACAUUUUGCUGUGGCCCAGCCAGAGUCCUGACGUGAAUCCAAUUGAGAAUGUACGGAGGGAGCUGAAGAUCAGGCUGAUGGCUUGCAGACCCUCCAACCCGAAAGAGUUGGAGUUCAUUGCUAACCAUGAAUGGGCAAAAAUAGCAGUGUAGACGUGCAAAAAGUAUCACAAUUAUAUAUCACUUAUUUGUUGAGGAAAUGUUUUCGUCAGUCAGUGACCUUUUCAAAUGAAAUUAUCCAUUUCACAACAUGCCAAGGAGGUUACAGAGGACAGAAAAAAAAAUGACAUGAAACAGAUUACAUAAGACAAUGUAUGUUGUAAAGUUUAUAAAAUGAUUUUACAGCUUUUUGGUUCAUACAAUUCGAUAUGGAUGGGAAAUAGUUUUCCUAUAUAUAUAUAUAUAUAUAUAUAUAUAAAGCUCAAAGGAGUUUGUUUUCUUAUGUGUAAAUGUAAAUCUAUGAAUGUAUAAUUUUGAUAAUAAAGUUAAAUAAAAUUGUGAGCGGGCGGUCAUCAUAUUCAAUAAUACCACAUUUUUCCAAAGCAAGGAGUAGUGGGGUUAAAUAUGAUCAACUGCUUUGUGUAUGGACAAGAUCACAAUAAAUGGA